GAUGUGAUGAUAGAAUAAUCUACAAAGUUUCUAAUACAAUUAUGUAAAAGAUUUCGUCCUUAAAAAAUAAAUAAACAACACGUCAAGAACAGUCCAAUUAUUUUCUAGGUGUAGCCUAUUUUUGUCUUAUUGAUGUGAAACGUGAUCAGCUAGCAGGUCUCUGUGUUUUGACCAUGUGUUGCAAUAUGAAGGGGGCUGUCCUUAACCAGCUCUUGAGCAAAGCAUAGGACAUAGACCAUUGGUUGUCAUCAGCAACAGACACAGACAUGUUUUGCAAAUCCACAUCAACUCCAAGAAAGUGUCUCACUAAGAUGGGACACCCUUUUUCCAACUUAAUAACACAAAUCAAAACAAAGCCGUAACAUUUUUACAGUAUGACCUUUGGUUAAGUGAUUUUUACCAAUGUCUUCUGGUUGGAAGCUUUAACUCUAACUUUAGUUUAGUUUUUAGACUUCUUUCUUAAGUCUAAAGUCUAGUUUUGGAAAAUCUGAUGUGCUCCUGCACCUAUUUGUAGGGCUGCUAUAAAUAGGCUCCUGCUGGCAACACAUGCGCGUCUAUGAUAGGCAGUUACCAAGAUUUUCUUCACAGACUCUGGCUCCAAAGCAACACUGACAACAUCUCAAUGGGAUUUUUACAUGGAUAACGCCAUUACAUUUGAGCCUUGAACCUUGACAAACUGUGGACGUGAACACAGAGUAGUUUGAUACUUUGGGUGAUACAUUGACCUUGGAUUUGGCAUUUUUUGUGAAUUGCUUCAGUGGACAAUGACUUCCAGAAGGCCAAUGACUCGCUCUUUCUCUGGAAAUGGGAGGACAAGCAGCUUUAGUGAAGAGGAGGGCAGCUCUUCCAAUGGCCGCACAGAAAGCCGGAAUCCUUACCUCUCGAAUGUUAGGCCUGAAAACAGCUAUUCAAGGUAUUCUCACUACAGGCCACAGAGGAGCACAUUGUGCAGCGUCAUGGCUCAGUUGACCGAGGACAUACAGCCAUCCUUUGAGAGCACUUUGAAAUCCAAGGCAGUGUCAGAAAAAUGUAAUGUGAAGUUCACCUGUGUGGUAACAGGUUACCCAGCUCCAGAACUGAAAUGGUAUAAGGAUGAUAUGGAAAUGGACCGGUAUUGUGGGCUCCCAAAAUAUGAAAUUCAUCGUAAUGGAAAGACCCACACCCUCCAUAUUUACAACUGCACAUUGGAUGACGCAGCCAUCUAUCAAGUCUCAGCCAGCAAUAGCAAAGGUAUUGUCUCCUGCUCGGGAGUGUUGGAAGUUGGCACCAUGAACGAGUUCCAGAUCCACCAGAGGUUCUUUGCCAAGCUGAAGGAGAAAGCGGAAAAUAAAAAGAAAGGUCUGGAGCAACCCAAGAAGGAAGAUAAAGAAAACAUUCAGACAGAGAAACCGCAGAUUAGCCCAGAACGCCCUCCAAGGAAGCGGCACAUCCCACCGCCAAAGGAAAAGCCAGAGGUCAAGGAGCCUGAGGCUGUGGAACAAGUAGGAGCUGCUGCAGAACCUAAUGGUGUUAGCGCUGAACUCAAGGAAGAACUGGAGAAGGAGAUAUCUCCAGCCGAGGAAACCUUGGCCAAAAAGAAGAUAAAGAUCACAAACGGUGUGGACGCUGGGGUAAACAGCCGCAACAGUAGCGGAGGCAGCAGCAGAAUCAAUAUGAUGGGAAAUGGAGGUGAAAACUGUUAUGAUGGAGGAAUCGGUUUGGCACAAUUUCUAUCAGAGACUCUCCAGUCCCACAUUGCGGAGGAGAAACAGAACUCCUCUCGAGUUGAAAAGGCUAAAGAUAUGGAGGUUGGAAGUGCCGGUAAAGAGAGAGAUCAAGAAAAGAUGCAAAAGCUGAGGGAAGAGAAAGAAAAAGUAAGAGAGGAAGAGUAUGAGAGAGAGAAACGAAGAGAAGAGGAAUUGACCACUGAGAAGGAAAAAGAAAGGGAACAACAGCUGGAGAUGCCGCAUACAGUACCCUACACCAAACAUGGUUCAGGAGUCAAGCAUCACAACAAGGCCCAUAAAGACCAUGACCACCACAACAUCCAGGCUUCCAUCUCCUCUGUGCUCCACUCAGUCAAAGACUUCUUCUUUGGUAAGACCAAGAAGGACCAUGAUCACAUUGAGAACAAAGAGAGAGAGUUCAAACGCUCGCCUGCUUCAACACCGCCAUCAUUUCGGCUGCAACCGGAGCAUAAUCAAGUGUGCGAGCCACUUCCGGACGAGGUUGUGCCUAUGGAAGUAGAUAAACCAAAGGAGCCUUCAGAAACUGUGGAUGUAGAACAACAGUCUGUGUCACUGGAGCCACAUGAACAUAAGCACGAAGAUGGUAUUCUGCACACGGACCUGCCACCAGCUAAUAAAUUGCCACCUGAGAGUUUAGAGGAGACGACAGGGCAGAGUGAUGGUAUUGUGGAGGCAAUGGAGGUGGCUGUGGGGCAAGCGAGCAGCAGUCCAGGUGAAGGGAUGUCAUUGUCUGGGCUUCAAGUUCUCUCUGAGGCUGAAGAGAAAAACCUCCAGAUGAUAUCAGUUAUCAAAGAGGUUCCCAUACAGCAGCAAGAGCCAGAGUGCCUUGUAGAUUCCACAGAGCCUAAUCUUCAGCCUGCGAAAGAUAUAUCUUUAAUCAGGGAAGAAACGCCUGUCCUGCUACAGACCCACGCCCCUGCAUUCCCCUCCACAUCCAACCUCACUAGUUUGGAAGAAAGCUGGACUUCCCCUCAUGAUCUUAUGUCAGCGUCAAACAGCCACAGCCUUAGUGAGGCACCAACCGAAACUUUACAAGAAGAGAAGAUGACUGUGGAUAAGAUGGGCAAAGAAUGUGAACGUGACACAAAGGAGGCAAUUUCCUCCAAUGAGUUGUGUGAGGAAGAAAAAGCUGAAGUGAAAUCAGACCAACAGCCGUGCUCGAAUAUAAACAGAUCUGAGAUUACUGAAUUUACAACAUGUUCACUGGAAGAGAGAAUAGAGCCAGGUCAAUCUAAAACACCAGAUUAUGUGCUUUCACCUCUGCCUGCUGAGGCAGCAUAUGGUGAAGAGAGAGAUAAUGUAAAAGCACAGGCAGAAUGUACUUCACUGACUCAGGAAAUGAAUGAAGGAUAUCCGCUCACUGUGGCGCCACAGAGUUUAGAGAAGGGUGACCUAAAAAUGCAGCAAGAAUACACUUCUUCUAUAGUAGAGGAAAGCUCUGAACUCCACAAUGUCCGUGCAAUACAGGGUUCAAACACAGAGAGCAGUGAAGAGGGAAGCACAUUGAUUUCUGCUUUAGAUUUAAAAGUAAACUCUUGUAACAAUCUAACAACACAAGAGCCACAAAUUUUAGAAGGAGAGAGCACUGAAGCAAAGAAUGAGAGUCUGCACUUUCAAGUGGAGGCAGAAAAGAGAACUCCGGUGAAAGCCGGGGUGUUAGAUGAAACACAAAACGAGAAAGGUAAUGCUUGUGUUUUAGAGGAACACAGUAAUGUUGCACAUCAAGACAGCAGUGUGGGUCAACAGAGUCUGCCCUCAGCGAAUAUCCCACAAAUCCAAAUAUCUAUUAUUGAAGACACCCCAGGUAGUAAACCAAAUGUGGCAGGUGUAAAUCCAAAUGAACAUUUUAUAAUUCCAAAAAUUGAAAUAAUGGAGCCAGAGCUCAAAGAGUGCACUCUGCCACUAACAAUUUUGGCACUAAACAAGCAAGAAUCAGAGCCUGCCACUUUGCAAAAACAUGAUGCAACACAUGUGUCUGAGGUAAUAAUCCAAGAACAGAGCGUGGCAGAUUCUCCAGACUUGUUGCCCACGCAGAAAAGCAUGCAUAACGAUAACAGACUCUCACCUACAGGAAAAGGAAAGGAAGUUGCGCAAUCAAAUGACGAGACAAAAAUGUUUGAGCAGGAGCAGCCAUGUGUGGAAAGUGCUGAACAGCUCCCUCAGAUGGACUAUGCAUCAAUUCCUCUGAUAAAUGUGUCAUGCACCGAUGACAAGGAGGAGGAUGUAUAUGUAAACACCCAUGUUUCAGAUAUACCUCAGCCUUUUGACACUCCAACUGUGCCUUUGUUUGUGGUGCCACCGAUCUCUGUCACUUGUCAUGAAAGUGAUUCUGGACUCAGUCUGCCCACUCCAAGUGAGUGGACAGAAACAGAAACUUCAGUCACCACACAAAGGGGAACAAAGCAUGAUGUUGACGAACGUAAUACCACUGUGCCAGACAAAACUCAGAGUAGAAAACAGAACCUUGAAGAAACAGCAGUAAAAAGUAUAAAAGAAAACACUCCCUCUUUACUACAUGAGGUUCUAACACCAAAGGUUGGCGACUGUGUGCCAUCAUUCAGUAUAACAACAGAAGACAACAUUGUCCCUGAAGUGUUGAAGGCAAAACCCCUUAAAGAGACCAAGAUAGAAAACUCUCUGUCCGCUGAGGACCUCCAAAGAAACAAAUCGUCUGUUGAGAGACUCUGCUGUAAACCACCAGCACAUCCAUCACUGAGUCCAGGCAGUCUCCGCAAAUUCAUGUCCAAAGCUGCCGCAGACUCAGACACAAAUGCCGCAGGUGACCGUCAGAAUGACAAAGCAGACGAGGAUCUAAGCGGAGGCUCAACACCAACAUCAUCCCUCUCCUGUGAGAGCAGCCCUCGUCUGAAGCGCAGAGACAGUCUGUCACUCAUACGCUCUGCCACGCCUGAAGAGUUGGCCUCCGGGGCUCGUCGCAAAAUCUUCAUCCCAAAAGCUAAAGAAGAUGCAGAGGGAGCAGUGAUUGGUGUCCUAGAUACUCAAAACAAGAAGGAGAUCCCCUACAUGUCACCCAGCCAGGCCCGAAGAGCAGCGUUACUACAAGCUCCAACGGGACAAAAUACCCCACCAAUGGAGAGGCGCUCUCCGCUGCUGAGCCGCAGAAAGGCCACCUUGGAGGUGCCAAAAGUGGUGGAGGAGUCUCCCACAGUAGAGCCAGUCAGCACCAAGCAAGAGGAGAAACCAGCUGAAAAGAAACUAGACCCUUUGAAAGCUCCACAGGUCAUCCGAAAGAUCAGGGGAGAGCCCUUCCCAGAUGCCUCCGGACACCUGAAGCUGUGGUGCCAGUUCUUUAACGUGCUCAGUGACUCCACCAUCAAGUGGUACAGAGACGAGGAGGAAAUACUAGAAGUGAAGAGAAGUGGAGGAGAUGAAAGCCAAGUAGCACUGGCUGUUGUUCUAGCAUCCAGCCUUGACUGUGGAAUAUAUGGCUGUUCCAUCAGUAAUGAAUAUGGGUCGGAUAUCACCGACUUCCUGCUCAGCAUAGACAUUAUGUCUGAGAUACUCCUAAAAGAUGAUUUGGAAGUUGGAGAGGAAAUCGAGAUGACCCCGAUGGUGUUCAACAAAGGCCUGGCCGACAGUGGUAGCUGGGGUGAAAAGUACUUUGGCCGCAUCAUGACCGAGACGGCGCAAAUUGGGGAGGGCUGCGCUCACAAAGCCAGCAAAGUGAAGGUCAUUUACGGCCUGGAUCCUGUCUUUGAGUCUGGACGCGCCUGCAUCAUCAAAGUUCAAAGCCCCAUCGCCUAUGGGACCACGCAGGAGAACAACCUCACAGAGAGAAAUCUACAGAUAACUAAGCAAGAGUGCAAAGUCCAAAACUUGAUUAGAGAAUACUGUAAAAUCUUUGCGGCUGAAGCAAGAGUUAUCGAGAACUUUGGCUUUUCACUUGAAGUGACUCCUCAGUAUCUGAUGUACCGUCCUGCCAACUCUGUGCCCUAUGCCACAGUGGAGGCUGAUCUUGAGGGCGUCUUUCAACAAUACUGUAUUAUGGAUCCUAACGGCCGGCUUAUUACACGAACGGCUUCUGAGGUGGAGCAGAAAUGCAACACCUUCCAGCAUUGGAUCCAUCAGUGGACACAUGGCAAUUUGCUGGUCACUCGGCUGGAGGGUGUUGAAACAAAGAUUACAAAUGUUAGAGUUGUGACCAAGUCGAAAGGAUACCAAGGACUAACAGAGAAGGGCUCUCCUGAUGUGUUUGAGCAGUUCCUGACAUACCAUCAGUGCAACUACUACUGUGGACUUCUUGGCCUGCGCCCACUUAAGUCUAUGGAUAGUCUGCAGCAACCCGCCAAAAUAAAGGGCUCCAGGAGCCCCCUCCUCAACCGCAAGGUGAGCUCUAACAGCCCACAGCUACACCGGAAAGGACACAGCCCCCAGAUGUCUAGAAAGACCAAUUCUAGCCCAAAGGUGACUAGAAAAGUUCAGGAGACAGAGGACAAUAAAUCAGAUACCCAACCCAAGGCUGCAGAAACUGUUGAAGUUCUUGAAAUGAGGUAGGAAUUAGCCUUGCUUCUGUGUCAAGCUUGUGCUUUUAAUGAUUUAGUUUAACCUGUCUCUUUACAGUUACCAAAACCAGCAAGGACUUUCAGAGUGAGAUUAUAAGAAAAGAAAGUUUGUUGACCGGACUUGUCAUAAAGAAUUACUGUGAAUUUCUCAGUCAUCAUACAGUAUGAGACAUCCAUUCUCCAGCUUCUUACUGUAGUUAAAAUGCACAUGAGUAAUAGGUGUGUGGUUUUUGACCUUAAAACUUACAGACACUAAACAGCAAAAGCAGUGUUUUGAAUUUAAACAGAAUUAAAAGUAACACUGGGUCACGUUAGAGCUGACAUAACACUAUUAAUAUUACUAAUAUCUGUCAUCUUAGAAUUACCACCACUGAAAAACCAACUGUACUUCACACUGUUAAGCAUGCAGUGAAGUUUUUCUCUUUUCUUUAAUGAACAGAUGUAAACAUUUUCAUGGUUUGAUUUUAAGAAUUAUGGAUAUACAACCAACCAAAGCCACCGAGGGGGUUAAGGUAAUUUAUACAUGUUAAAGACUGCAUGUUCAUCUGUGAUGUACAGUAUGUGUAGGAUAUAAAGUUAAUUUUAGAGACGUUAUUUAUGGCUUGCAUUAGAAAUGCCUAUGCAGCAUUUCGUUACACAGCAAAGUUGAGCUCAUGCUGUGUGAUUGCAGCACCAUUUUUAGGUCAAAGAUGUUUGUGUGCACUUUGUUUUUGCCAUUACUUAGUAGUUUUUCAAGUUUAACUUUGUAUCUGUUGUGUCUGUGUCUUUAAUCACUCCCCUCAUAAUAUUUCAGAAUAUAUACUGGUUAAUGCAAAGCAUUGAGCAGUAAAGGGCUUACCACUAAACUCUUUAACUAUGGUAUGCUCAUGCUCAUUGACAUGCAAACACGCGAGUGGUUCCCAGUAAUGAGGAAAGCUGCUGAAUGAGUUCCACACAGUAAUUUGGAUCUGAACUAUGGACUGUGGGAUAAAGGCACACUGAGCAAAAUAAGAGCAGACUCAGGACUUUCAGAAGCCUAUUGAUCAGUCAGUAAGGUUCCCUGAAUUAAUCUGUAAAGUUGGACAGUAUAACAACAGAACUGUGACUUUUGCUUGUGUACAGUUGGUCAGCACAAAAAGAAAGUAUCGUGCAUCUUGUAAGAUUGUACAAGUAUUUAUAGUUAAACGGCUACAGGAGUCAUUUGCCUUUUAUAAAUAAUAAAGUCAAGAAGACUGACAAGAAACCCUUAGGAAUCUUUGUAAUGGACUAUUGGUUAAUGAUCAACAAGAGUCUUCCGAUUCUUCCACUCAUAAACUUUAGCUGCCGUUUCUUUAAGUCACUGUAAUUGCAUGAUUUUUUUAUGAUCGGGUGAAAUGAGGUUGAAAUAUUGACCAGCAAAUGAUGAUGAAAGUGUACUGUCGAGGUGUGGUGUUGUGCAAGCAAACUGUAUCGUGUUUAUGUGUACAUAAAGUCAAAGGACUGGAGAUCUGAAGUAGUGGGAAGAAAAAUUGUAAACCAGUGAGCCAGUGAGUGUGUGAGUGAGUGACUAAAUGAAUGAGUGGUUUAGAAAGAAGAAUAAAUGUGUGUUUACAGUGUGUGCUGUAUUUGUCAUGUCACAUCAUGUCAGCAAAUGUUUUUUUUAAUAAAAAUA